AUGGGGAAACCUCAAGUUCUUUUCAUCGGGAAAAUCUACCACGCCCACAAUGCUUACAACGAUCUCGCCGCGGAUGUUGAGAUCAUCACUUCCAAUGCCUCAUGCAGAAGCGAGUUCAUUGAAGAGUGCAAGAGCGGCAAGCUCGACAAUGUCGUUGCAGUGUUUCGCACCUUUGUCUCCGUUUCCAUUACCGGCCUGUGGGAUGCAGAAUUGGUGAAUGCUUUACCGCAGAGCAUCAAGUUCUGCUGUCAUAACGGAGCGGGAUAUGACCAGAUCGAUGUCGCUGCUUGCUCAGCGCGGGAACCUCCUCUUCGGGUGUCAAAUGUGCCUACUGCAGUAGACGAUUCCACUGCCGACACAGCAGUGUUCUUGCUCCUCGGAGCAUUGAGAGGUUUCAAUUAUAGCAUGUCCACGCUCCGAGAGGGAAAAUGGCGAGGAAACCCGAGCGCACCAAUGGGCCACGAUCCACAAGGAAAAGUCAUUGGUAUUCUUGGGAUGGGAGGUAUCGGACGAAACAUGAAGAAGAAGACUGAUGCUUUUGGCAUGACAACCAUCUACCACAACCGCAACAAACUCAGCGAUGAGUUAGCCGGAGGAGCACAGUACGUUUCCUUCGACGAACUCCUCGCCCAGUCAGAUGUCAUCAGUCUGAACCUCCCCCUCAACAAACACACGCAUCACAUCAUCAGCGCAGAACAAUUCGCAAAAAUGAAGAAAGGAGUCAUCAUCAUCAACACCGCACGUGGAGCUGUCAUGGAUGAAGACGCUCUAGUCCAAGCCCUAGAAUCGGGGCAAGUAGGAUCUUGUGGACUAGACGUCUUCGAAGAGGAGCCGAAAGUCCAUCCAGGACUUCUUGCAAAUCCUAGUGUUAUGCUUUUACCGCAUAUGGGAACGCAUUCGAUUGAAACGUACAUCAAGAUGGAAACUUGGGCGCUCGACAAUGUACGACAGGCCAUCGAGUAUGGAACGCUCAAGAGUCCUGUAACGGAGCAGAAGGAUCUAUGA